UAAUUGUUGCUGAAAAUGAAUAAGCUCUCCACGUCGAUUACCUGCUUUGGGGUAGACCGAACACACAUGCUCCUGCAGGAUCCGGCGGGCGUGCAAAACAAAGGCCUGUUCAGCAUCAUGGACUCGGUGCGUCCGAGCAACGGCAAUACGAAUGCGGCAGAGGUGGAGCGCAUUGCGAGGAAGACACUGCUACAGAUGCAGGAUAUGUGCCGCUUUGAGGAUGUGGAGAAUGUAUUGAGGUUUGCGGUGCCCAAGGUGCUCUGUGACUUGCAUGCGUACGAGCGGCUGACCGAGGAGGUGCGGGACAUGAAGAAGACGCUCAACACCUACAUACACCACUCCAAGGUGAUGGGUGACGAUGUAGCGGAAAUAUUUCUAGACUUGCACAAUAUCUAUACCAAACUCGAUCAGCUGGACAAGAAUGCGCCGAGGAUGCCGCGCGAGAAACGCGAUAAGUUAAACAGGCGCUUGCGCGACGCUGAGCAUUUCCUUGAGAAUGCCAAGCACUUUAUUAUAAAACAAAAGAAGCACACGCCCACUGUAACGCCCACCAUAACGCCCACCGUAACGCCCAACGUAACGCCCACUGUAACGCCCACUCCAACGCCAACAAGUUCGACGCAUAGGGAACGCAAGCGCGAGAGGCCUGCCGACUCGACGCGACAAACACGAUGUGCUGAGAAGCGGGCAUUCCUCACGAACAUGUUAGUGGCCAAGAAAUCGGACUUCUCCAUGGAGCUCAAUCGUAGGAAAAACUAUUUUUCGGAAGCCGAAAGAGUUUUGGGAAAAAAGAACAGCAAUAAACAUCGUGUUUCCUGA